AUGGAAAAUUCAAUUAUUUCCCACUUCUCUUCAUUCAAUCGUUCGUUCAUCUUUGAAAAACUCUCUAGCAUUAAAUAUGGAAGACUAUACAUCACAAUGAAAGAUCAGAAUGAGACGAAACCAAGAAUUUUCGGUAACACAUCGUUAGAGUCGAUCGAUUCAAGCGAACCCAAAUGCUCAGUUAUCAUUAAUAGUCCCAAAGUUUGGACUCGAAUGUCUAUCAAUGUUGAUUUGAUUCUCGAGGGGUUUUCUGAGGCGUUCAUGGCAGGAGAAUUGGAGUGUGAUGAUCUUGUUGCUCUUGUUUCCAUAAUUCCCCGUAUUCAAAAAUUCUUCUUCAGACCCUCAAAUGAUAGUCGACGCGCUCUCCAGAACGCAUCAUCCCAUUACGAUACCUCGAACGCACUUUUCUCAUCAUUUCUAUCCCCAGACAUGAGUUACUCAUGUCCAAUAUGGGAUACCACUGGUAAAGAAGAGACUCUCGAGGAAGCACAGAGACGAAAAGUGCAUAAUAUUAUUGAUAAAGCGGAUAUCAAGCCAGAACAUCACAUCCUCGAAAUUGGAGGCGGAUGGGCUUAUCUAGCUAUCGAAGCUGUGAAGAAAACUGGAUGUAGAUUCACGGUGACAACUCUGUCAAUUGAGCAAAAAACUCUGGGCGAGAAAAGGGUAGAAGAGGCGGGAAUGAAAGAUCGAAUUGAGAUAUUGCUUUGCGAUUAUAGGCAGACUCCCAAGCCUAGUCCUGCGGGGUUUGAUAGAAUAAUCAGUGUCGAAAUGGUGGAACAUGUUGGGGAGGAGUACAUGGAGGCCUAUUUUAGGACGAUUAGCGAAUUGUUGAACAAAGAAAAUGGAAUCAUGGUAAUACAAAGUACAACCGAAACGAAUCAGGUCAGUUCACAUACCCUUCGACUCGUCCAAUCCAAGCCACUUGAGUUGGCUAUGGCCUUCCACCAAACUCGAUCCAAGAUCGACACUUUUAUGGAGCGUUACAUUUUCCCAGGAGGAUAUCUCCCCACCGUAAGAGAGAUUAUUGAACGUCUUGAAGCGGGAUCUACUGGGUCUCUAGAGCUUGAAAGUGUGCAAAGUAUAGGUCCUCAUUAUGUGCGAACUUUGCGUUUAUGGAGGGAAAACUUUAUCCAGAACUGGGAUGAGACUAAACUUUUGUACAUGAAAGAAAGAGGAGACAUGACGCUGUUAGAUCUUGAAACUUUUCAAAGAAGGUGGAUUGGUUACUUUAGUUAUUGCGAAGCAGGCUUCCGAGCAGGUAUUUUAGGGAACCAUGUGAUUACUGCGAAGAGACCACAAGUUCUGUCUCCAAGUGGAAUUGUUCCACUUUAAUGGGCAUGAGACACUCACUGACUGGUGGACGUGAGGAUUCUGCCAGCCAUUGUAAAACACCGAGUUAUGAUUAAUGUGUGGAGUUGAGUUUUCGAUAACCUGAAUUGUAUUAUGAUAGGUGCUAAUGAGUUUUUGCGUGGACUAUUAUAUAAAUAACAAACUCCAUGGCAUAUGUGACGGUGAUGUUUGCAAAUUGCGAUCGAGGGUAGGCGGCUAUGUUGUU